CCAGGAAGAGGUUCUUGGGUUUCCCCUUCUUAACCUGAACGGCAUAUGCUACGGAAACAGUCCAGCUGGACGAUGUAAACAAACUCCAACAACAACAAAAAUUUCUGGACAGCAACAUCUGUUCCAAAUCAACGUUGUUUUCGGAAUGCAUCUAAACGAGAACACCAAAAUUUUAGGCCGCAGGAUUCUGUUAGUGCCCUACGAGGCCCGGCACGUUCCCAAGUACCACGAGUGGAUGGGCAGCGAGACUCUGAGGCAGCUGACCGCCUCCGAGGAACUGACCUUGGACGAGGAGUACGAAAUGCAGAGGAGUUGGCGGGAGGACGCCGACAAGCUCACCUUCAUUGUUCUGAACGCGGAGCUCUAUGAGCGGGAGCAGGACGAAAUAGCCGCGAUGGUCGGCGACACUAAUCUCUUUCUGCACCGAGAUCCAGAUAGCAAUCUCCUGGUGGGGGAGGCGGAGAUUAUGAUUGCCGAGCCCGACGCGAGGGGCAAGGGAUUUGGUCGGGAAGCCAUGCUCCUCAUGCUUAAAUAUGCCCAGUCCCAGCUAAACUUGGAUAAGUUCGAAGUGAAGAUCGACAUGGACAACAUCACUUCUCUCCAUUUAUUUGAGACUUUCCAGUUCGUGGAGACGCGUCGAGUAGAAGUGUUUCACGAGGUAACCCUGGAACGACCCAUCACACCAGAUUGGGUCAGCUGGCUCAACCAACAGGUGGAUCUGCGAAUCGAGAGUUUUUAGGGUAUCUUUCGCUAGGUUGGCUGAACUGUAAUUGGCACUAAAAUAAUAAAUUUGUAUACUAUGGUCCAAUAGCAA